AUGGAACUGUUCGUUGGAAAGCCUCUUCUCGGACCAGAUGGGAACGAAAUCGACGCGGAAGAGGCCCUAGAGGGAAAGGAAUAUCUUACGGAGCAUUGUGGUGGCUGGCUAGCAAUUCCUUUUGGUGAUGAGAGAAUACAGGAGUACCUAGCAAAGUACGAAGUGCCAACGAUUCCUGCUCUCAAGGUGCUGAACACUGACGGCUCCAUCUUGAUCGCUGACGCUCGCAAUCAAGUUCAAGUAAGUGGCAGGAUGUGA